UGGUCAUUCAUACAAGUGGGAAAACUUUGCUGUGCUACAGUAAAGUUGACCAACAGAAGUUCCCGCUAGCGGAGUCAAAACCAGCGCCUAUUAUCUUGUGGGCUUCUAUACAUGCAUCGAACUUCCUGUUCUAGUGUUGAAAGGGAAGAAACUAGUGAACUAUUAUAAAAAGUCUCCACAUCUGGAAAUCUGUUACUCCCACAAGAUUAUCGUUUAUAUGGACAGAUUUCUCUGAACACAGCUUAUGUCGUGAGGCGUGGGAUGGUGGCCUUUUAAUACCUCAGUUACUGUGCAUGUGUUCUGUGUCGGCGGAGAACGUUUUAACCAUGGGUCCCCUGACCACACCUAAAAAAGGAAGGGAGGGACCCUCUGGUGAUCCAUGGACACCAACAUCUAACCUCAAAAUGCUCAUAAGCGCUGCUAGUCCUGACAUUAGGAACCGAGAGAAGGAGCUGUGCAUGGACCACGAGGGGCAGUUCCAGGAUAUUGAAGCUGGAGAAUCGGAGAAAUUGAUCAGCAGAAAAGAAAAGAGUCUGGGUUUGCUUUGUCACAAGUUCCUUGCCCGUUACCCAGAUUAUCCUAACCCUGCUCUGGACAAUGAUAUCUGCCUAGAUGAUGUGGCCAAUGAACUUAAUGUGGAGCGCAGACGAAUCUAUGACAUCAUGAAUGUGCUGGAAAGCCUUCAUAUGGUGAGUCGCUUUGCCAAGAACCGCUACACGUGGCACGGCCGCUCAAAAUUGGCCCAGACACUGGCGAUUUUGAAGAAGGUGGGCGAAGAGCACCAUUACGGUCAGCAGAUGCUGCAGAUUAAGCAGCGGCUUUUUGACUUUGACGGUGAAGAGAAGGAGAAUGAGGAGGCAGCAGAUUUGCAGACAGAUGAGCAGGGACAAAAGGAGUUGUUCUUUGUGGAGCUUCCAGGAGUUGAGUUCAAAGCAGCCUCUGUCAACAGUCGGAAGGAUAAAUCUCUACGAGUGAUGAGUCAGAAGUUUGUCAUGCUGUUUCUGGUGUCUGACACUCGCAUUGUAUGUCUGGAUGUGGCGGCAAAGAUCCUCAUUGGUGAAGACCAGGAUGCAGAUCAGGACAAGAACAAGUUUAAGACCAAAGUGCGGCGGCUCUAUGAUAUCGCUAAUGUGCUACGAAGCCUUAAACUCAUCGAGAAAGUCCACGUUACAGACCAGAGGGGGAGGAAACCUGCCUUUGAAUGGAUCGGCCCAGUGGAAUUUCCACACAUCAAAGACCUUGAGAGAUCAACUUCUGAAUGUUCAUCCAAGAGGACAAAUGUCCUGGAGUCCAGGGCGUCUCUAGACAACUGUGCUAAAAAGCUCUUUUCAUCACCGGGAACCAAACGCAGUUUUACACGACACCCCUCCCUCAUUAAGCUGGCAAAGAGCAUCCAGGACGACAGACGGAAGAUCAACUCGGCACCUAGCAGUCCUUUCAAGAAUUCACUCAGUGAUGCCUCAAACAUGGAGUCAAACAAAAUGGCCCAGCUUGCUGCUAUUUGUAAGAUUCAACUGGAUCAAGAGUCUGUGACUAAGGCUGAAGACCCCAAACAUUGUUCUGCUGAUUCAGAGCCUGCACCUUCUAAUUCAAUGGAAAAGCCUCAGAUUUCCUUGCUUACCCCGAUCCAGGAGUCCAGAGGCAACACCACUGUCCACCUCACUCCAGUGACAGCUCAGCCUUCAGGCUCCGUGGCUUAUAUUCCUGCCCAGUGUUCGUCUUUGAUUCCAGUCAUGGUGUCUCAGCAGCAGGGAAACAGACCCUACGCUGUGUAUUUGCCCACCUCGUCCCUCAGGUCCAACUCUCUGGCCCGGCCGCAGCCCACGAGUCUUGCUGUGCGCUCUAUGACAUUUGAAGAUAAGAUGGGACAGAGUCCCAUGAACCAGUUUGCUGCUGGCAGGGCAUCAGAAGUGAGCCCCCUGGUGUUCAAACGGAUACGUUCGGACUCUGCAUCAGACAGCAGCCCCAACAAAUCAAGGAGAACUGGUCAGAACUUUAAGGACUCUUCUCCAAAGCUCUGUGAGAUUCUACAGGCCCGCCUGAAGAGCCACCGUGGCAGUCAGCUCUCCAGUCGGCCCUCGCCCCGUGCCCUCCACCUGGACCCAGAGUUUGUCAACACCCCAGCUGAUUCAAAGGCUGACCAGACACUAGUCCAGAGCCUGGAGACCUUCCUGGACAAAGAAGAAAAGGCAGUGACUUCUGACAGUGAGGCAGGACUGACACCGGGAUAUCUUCAUACUGAGACUUUAGUUCCAGCAGGAUACCUGAUCCCAAUCUCCCAGCAGUCCCUCCUCAGCUUCAAGGAAGCUAAAUGUUCGGGAGGUGAAAACAAUGGAGCCUUAACGCCCACCUACAAUUUUCAGCUCACACCAACUGCAGGCUCCAGACCCACCUCGGCUCAGGAGGUCACACCCAUUAGUCUCCGCCGCCACAGACCUGCUGCCACUCCUCCUCCCGCUCCUGCUACUGAUUCUCCCCGCACAGUUUCCGCACAGCCUCUCCACCUCCACAGCCCCAGCCCUGCAAUUCUCAACUUCACACUGCAGAACCUCGGUCUGAUUUCUGGCUCCAGCCCAAGAAAUAACUUUGCUUCCACCCCGACCUCAGAGUACAGCACCACGCUGUCCAGUCCACUGGCUCUGCAGCAGCAGAGGAGCAUGGUCUUCAUCAAACCCCUGUCCCCGCUGCCUGUCCACCAGUCUGUCUCUCCUCAUUCUGUGGCCCUGCUCAGUUUACCACAGUCUAUGAUGGCGACCCCUAAAGGGAAUGGACUCCCCCAGCCCAGCUUCUUUCAAACACCUGUUCCUGUCUCACCUCUGGCUGCCAUGGUAACGGCCAGCGCAGCUGCAUCAGCCACUAAAACAGUUUAUGUUCCUCAGAGGAGGCUGGAUGUCAACACGGAGGAUUCCUGAAGGAAAGUCUGGGUGGAUUCUCACAGUGAGGUUCAACGGUGCAUUAUGUGGAGGGUGAUUAGUUGUUGUUUUUAAUUAUAAUUUUUUUAUCAUAUGUGUAACAGUAUUCAUUACCUGUGAACAUUUCACAGAGGCCUCUCUGCCUUCAUCCUUAUCAGCAGUAGCUCUAAAUAUAGUUGCUCUGAUAGACGUUGGCCGUGAGCCAGUGGACUCAUGGAAAUGUAAUUUCUGACCACAGUCUCAUGAACACUAGAAUAUUUUCAGAUGAUUUUUAUUUUGUUACAGAGCAGAAUAUCUGAGAAUGUAAUUUCUGCUUAGUCAGUCAUGUAAUGUCCCCCGCCCCAAUUUUGAACUCAAAGCUCAAUCUAAAAGAAUGACCCAUUUGUGUGAUGACAUAAUUUAAGAUAUAAAACAC